CCUAGGUACAUAACUUAGGUAGGCACCUCUAGUAAUUCACCUUGGGAUAGAGGGGGAGUUUCCUUCCUUCUCAAUGUCCGUCAAGUACCUAUAGACUGUAGGCAAGCCUGCAGAUACAUCCGAUUCGGGAUAGACUUCUGCCGAUCCGGUGUGGGUUGACUGGGUGGAUCCACCCCUCCCCAUUGUGUUAUCUUAUCUGCCUCGUUUCUCCGUUAGUUCCAAAAAAUUUCGCGGGCAGGAAAUUCCAAUUGCCUCCACCGCGCAUCAUUUUUUUCUCUCCCCGAGGUGUGCGCACGAGAGACAGUCUUUUUCACUUGCCAUCCUCAAUCCUCCUGGACACAGUUCCUAACUGGCCGCCACAAUGCUGAAGGCUUCCUUACAGCGGCAUGCCCGCCUGGGCAAUGUCGCCGGUCGCCAAUUGUCAACCUUAGCUUCGCGGCACACUCGCGCUCCGCCGUUGGGGGUCUCAGUGUGCCUCAGACUGUCGCAGGCCGAAUUGCCGCUUCAUCCCCUCAGACCAGUCUCCGUACGGACCUAUUCCUACGCAUCUACCGCAGAAACCCAGGCCGGGGCACAAUCUGAGGAUUCGCAAGCUCCACGUCGUGUCACUCGAUUCCAGGACUUGACGAAGCUGGGAGUUCACGAGAGAAUCGUUGACGCCAUCACCAAGGGUAUGAAGUAUGAUACCAUGACAGAGGUCCAAACUAUGACCAUCAAUCCCGCAUUGGGCGGAGUCGAUUUAGUCGCGCAAGCGAGGACUGGAACCGGCAAGACCUUGGGUUUUCUCGUCCCCGUUUUCCAGCGCAUCUUGGCGACUGAUCCCAGCCUCGCGACUCCAUUUGGCCGCUCAAGACCCUCUUCGGAAGAUAUUCGUGCUCUCAUCCUGUCGCCAACCCGAGAGUUAGCGGAGCAGAUUGGCGUCGAGGCUAGGAAGUUAGCCCAACACACCGGCAUCGUCGUACAAACCGCCGUCGGCGGGACCCGCAAGAGAGAAGCGCUUUGGAAUAUGCAGCGGCAGGGAUGCCACGUACUCGUCGCGACUCCCGGCAGACUUCACGAUAUCCUGUCGGACCCGUCUACUCGUGUUGCGGCGCCAAACCUACAGGCAUUCGUACUGGAUGAGGCCGAUCGCAUGCUGGACGUCGGAUUCUCGGAAGCUAUCCAAGACAUCCAAGCCCUGCUCCCACCUAUUGAACAGGUUGACCGGCAGACGCUCCUAUAUUCCGCAACCAUUCCCCGAGAUGUUGUUCAUCUAGCUAAGAAAAUGGUCAAGACUGAUAACUUCGAGUUCGUACAAACUAUCGACCCGAACGAAGCCCCAACCCAUGAGCGCGUUCCACAACAUCUUUCGAUCGUUCGCGGUUACGAGAAUUGGUUCCCGGUCGUGUUGGAAAUCGCGCACAAAGCACAGCAGCGGUCUCUAGAGGAUCCCGAAGCCCUUCCGUUCAAGGCGAUCGUCUUCUUCUCAAACACUGCCACCGUCCAGUUUGCGUUCGAAGUUUUCAGGCACACCUCACUUCGGCCCUCAGGGAUGCCAGUAUGGGACAUGCACUCAAAACUGACCCAAUCCUCACGCACCAGGAAUGCCGAGUCCUUCCGCCGUGCCAAGAGUGGUAUUCUCAUCUCAUCAGAUGUCACUGCGAGAGGAAUGGAUUUCCCUGGUGUCUCGCACGUAAUCCAGGUCGGUCUUCCGCCCGACAGGGACCAAUACAUCCAUCGUGUUGGUCGGACAGGCCGCGCUGGAAAACCUGGUGAAGGUUGGAUACUUCUAGCCGAGACGGAAAUCCACGAAGCAAGAUACCGCCUUAGCGGCUUGCCCAUCAAGCCCAAUGAAAACAUUCAAUCCGCUAAACACGACAUUUCGAAAGAACCCCCUACCGAAAUAUCCCGUUAUUUCGAAGAGCUAUCGGUUGCGUACCAAAAAGUCCCAAAAUAUUACUUUAAAGAUGUUUAUCACGCUCUAUUAAGCCAAAAAUUCGGCAGGAAUCUUCGGACUGAAGAUGCCGUCGAACUUCUCAACAACUGGUGUAUCCAAGGCCUCGGCUGGACUGAGCAGCCGGCCAUAUCGCAGAGGGCGGCCCAAAACCGCGGGUUGGGUAGGGUCAGGGGGAUCAGAAUCGGAACGGACGAUUAUGAGGACGAACGAAGAGAGGAUGAAGGGUUCUCGGGCGGUAGGUUCGGCAGCAGCGGGUUUGGAAGAUCCGGCGGUGGAUUCGGAAGAUCCGGCGGCGGAUUUGGAAGAUCUGGUGGUGGCGGAUUUGGAAGAUCUGGUGGUGGUGGAUUCGGAAGAUCUGGUGGUGGUGGAUUCGGAAGAUCCGACGGUGGAUUUGGACGAUCCGAUUUCGGCCCACCUCGGGGAUCGUCGUUCUAAGGACCUCUGGUAGCGCCUCGCU